AUGCAAUAUAAUUCAAGUGAUCUCUAACAAUUCAAUGAGUAGAAUCAGAUAAUCAGAGAGGACACGAAAGAGCUAGCAAAAUCAAUAAAUAAUAUUUACAGCAAUAUCAUCCUUAGCUGCUAGAAAUAGUGUCUCUAGGGAUUCAAUUAGUCAGAUGAGUUCACAUCUGAUGAAAGAACAUGCUUGACUAAAUGUGUUAACAAGCAUAUGUUCCUAGAUAAUUUCUUGUAUGAAACAGAUUCUGCUAAUGAGAUUGCUUCUGAAUAAGGAAAGACAAAGAAAGCUGUAUUCUAUUAGAAUAGGAGAAUAGAAGAUUUAACUAGAGUUGAUGUAGUUUGA